AUGGGACGCAGGAGUAGAAGAAGCCAGAAAAGUAGCCAUGCCACCUCACGACAGAGUAAUGCUUCGCUGAGUGAAUAUCUGCUUCGAGAGGCGGAUGAGGCGUUUGCUAUCGGCAUUCUUGGUACCGAGUUCUAUGAGCUGACACUCCGCGAUCUGGAGGCCAAGGUGACAAAGUUUGAGGCUUACCAUGACGAGUUAAAGCAAGAAAAUGAAGCUGCCUGUGUUCAGGUUAGUAUUCUCCGAAGCUCUUCUAUGCUCUGA